AUGAAAGAUCUCCGAAGGUACCUGACAUUCAAAUAUAUCCAGUAUCUAGUCCUACCUUCUCCAAACAUUAUCGUCACUCUGCUGGGAUUGUUUGCCAGUGUGUAUGUCACACUAAUAUUAACAUUACCUUUUGUAUCAAGAAAAUCUACUGCAGUAUUUAUUAGUAACAUAGCUCAGGCAGACAUCUUCGUGGGUUGUAGCAUCUUCUCUGCCAUGAUUCAAGAUGUGAUAAAGAGUGAAAUAUUAUCAUAUUCUGUUCAAUCAACCUUAAGGCAGAAUUUCCAGAUUGCAAAUGUACAUAUCAGUUCUCUUUUACUCAGCUGCGUUAGCCUUGAAGCCUUUCUGAUCACUUUUCUUCCAGUAGAGACACGCCACAUAAGAACUGUGAGAUGUGCCAAGGUGGCUUCUAAGGUCAUCUGGAUUGCCAUAAUUAUUGAGUGCUUCCUUUAUCAAGUGGAGUGCUUCAAACACCUUAGCAUCUCUUAUUUUGACACUCACAGGCAUGUUUUGCUGUUGCUAAAUUACUGUUAUGGAGCCACAAAACUGCUGAAGUCAGUUGUUUAUCCAAUUGGACUACUUUUAAGGAUCUUCAAUGUGUACCUCUUUUAUAAAAUGUAUUUCCGUGUUUUACCUUAA